UUCUCCGUUAUUUUUUAUUGUUGUUAUUAUUUUCUCAUCGAUCACUAUAAGUUUCGUCAAAAAAAAAACUGCUUCAAGAAAGAAGUGAUAAUCGAGGAGGAGGAGGAGGAGGAGGAGGAGGAGGAGGAGGAGGUGGAAGCGAAGGAGUUUGAUAUUUUUUUUACCCUCUAACGUGAUUCUUUUUCAUUCCCUUUUCAAGGACUUGGUUGAUGGAAUAAAGUAAAAAAAAGAAAGAAAGAUAGAUAGAUAGGAUAGAUAGAUAGAUAGUUAGUGAAAGAUAGUUAAAAAAAAAAACAAAAAAGAAGAAGAAUAAUAAUUAUAGUUACGAUGAUCAGUGAUACGUGCGGAUACGUCCCCUUCCUGCUACUGCUGUUGCUGGUUCCAUACAUCGAAAGCGCUCGGCGAUUAAACGAAUAUAUUCGUCAUUACGAACCACUUUCCUAUCCAACGGAGGAGGUCCACAGAGGUCACCUGAGGGCCAAGAGGUCGGUCACCCGCGACAAUUUCGUGACUUUAAAGUUUCGUUCGCAUAACAGAGACUUUCACAUUCGACUGAAGCGAGACCUGAAAACGUUUAGCAAUAAUCUAGUUAUAGAAGGUCCUAAUGGACGUCAAGAGGAACUUGAUACCUCGCAUAUUUACGAGGGUCAUCUCAUUG